AUGAAUAUUAUUUUAGAGGCGCACUCAUCUGUUCAAUCCAAAUACCAACAAAUAUCACAUUUAUUAAUAAUUAUUAAUUGUUUUGAAAGAUGUUCAGCACUUAGAACAAUUGAAAUACCUAAUUUAGUGACAGAAAUAGGGGAGUAUUGCUUCGAUUUUUGUAAAGGUUUGUCGUCUAUUAAACUCUCUGAUAUAUUAACAAAACUCCCAAUUUAUUGUUUUCGUUGUUGUUAUAAUUUACAACAUGUAACAUUUCCAUCACAUAUUUUGUCGAUAGGAGAUAACUGUUUUGAGCGUUGUGUAUCUCUUAAAACAAUCGAAAUUCCAUAUUGUGAACAUUACAUUGGCAAUCGUGCGUUUAUCGAUUGUAAAUCAUUAACAUCUUUGGUUGUUAAAGGAAGUCUUAAUGAAGUUGGAUGCAAUUGUUUUGAUAACUGUGACAAAUUAAUAAAAUUGAUAUUACCAAGUAGUUUAUCAAAAAUAGGGACGAAAGUGUUUUGUCCAACUGCUUUGAGUUCUUUUUAUAUUAAACUAAAUUGA